AUGUCAAGAAAUGCAUUACAAGGUCCCAUACCAGACACAUUUAGCAAUCUAAUAGUUCUUGAGGCUCUGGAUUUGUCUACUAAUGCUCUAUCAGGUGUGAUUCCCAAAUCUCUUGAGCUAUUGCGAGAUCUCAAGUAUCUCAAUGUUUCUUUCAACAACUUGCAAGGAGAAGUUCCAAAGAAAGGGGUAUUUGCAAAUGUUAAUUACCGGUUCUUGAUGGGAAAUCCAAGACUUUGUGGAGCACCUGACUUAUAUAUUCCUAUAUGUCCAGCUCAAGGUAGAAAGACAACAAGGAAAAAGUCCAUUAUUCUUAGAACAGCAGUACCUGUUGCUGUAACAUUUCUGAUAUUGGUCGCGUUGUUUUUCACAUGGAUGAUUUGGUCAAGAAAAAAACAUGUGAUUGGAAACAAUGAAUCGGAUUACCCUCCUAGAAUUGCACAUCAGAAAAUCACUUAUUAUGAGCUUCUCCAAGCUACAGAAAAUUUCAGUCAGUCCAAGCUAAUAGGAAUUGGAAGUUCCGGUACAGUCUACCAAGGUACAUUUUCUGGUGGUGCUGUCUUUGCAAUCAAAGUUUUUGAUAUGCAAUGGCAACGGGGUUUAAGAAAUUUUGAUUUAGAAUGUGAAAUUUUGAGCAAUGUAAGACACAGAAACUUGGUCAAGAUAGUGUCGACUUGUUCAAAUUUGGAUUUCACAGCAAUUGUGCUGGAGUACAUGCCUAAUGGAAGCUUAGACAAAAGAUUAUACUCUGAUGAAAAUUGCUUGAGCCUGGUUGAAAGACUCAAUAUAAUGAUCGAUGUAGCACUAGCCAUGGAGUAUCUUCAUCAUGAUUAUACAGUGCCCAUUGUGCACUGUGAUCUGAAGCCAGGUAACGUGCUUCUUGAUCAGGAUCUGACUGCUCAUGUUGCAGAUUUUGGAAUCGCAAAAAUGUUGGCACAAGAAGGAAACAUGGCUCAAACCAAGACUCUCGGAACUAUUGGUUACAUUGCUCCAGAAUAUGGUUUAGACGGGCAAAUUUCCACUAGCAGUGAUGUUUAUAGCUUUGGGAUUUUGUUGCUUGAGACAUUCACAAGAAAGAAGCCUACAGAUGACUUGUUUAGUGGAGACUUAAGCUUGCAUAAAUGGACAUCUCUCUCCUUUCCUGAUGCUGUACUGGACAUUCUGGAUGCUGACCUUGCUAGCGACAUUGGCUUUACAAUUGAUGAAAACCAAAGCCAAAUCAAACAAUUGCUGGUUUUGAUAAUAAAUGUUGCAUUCCUGUGUUUGAAAGAGUUGCCAGAGGAAAGGAUAAACAUGAGAGAGGUUGUGGUGCAGCUAAACAAGAUAAGAGCUGAAUUAACCAAGCUUUUAACUCAAUCCCAUUCAAAAUUUGAGAAAGAGGAUUGA